UACAAUAAAUUUCAUAAUUUCGAAUUUUCUAGCGUUCUUAAUCUUAUCAACGACGACGAUGAGCGGAGAAGCUGAUACUUGGCCGGAGAUGGAGGCGGUGGCUAGGAAGAUGGCGGAGGAGGUUGAGACAGAGAGCAGUGGAUCGUCGGAAGCUGAGACGGAGUCUCCGAGAUCCGUCGGACAUUGGGGAGCUGCUCCGGUCACGGAGAAGACGGCUAAGGAGCGAGUACAUAGCCAAGUUUUGAAGAUCAGGGAGGAGGAUCUCUGUGUUCUCUUCGAAGACAGAGCCGCCAACCGACGAUAUGUACAUCCACAUCGACUCAGUUUGGUCAUGAUUUCGAGGCCGAAUCUGCCUUGUUCGCCUCUCAGUGGAAAAGUGGGGUCCGUUAACGCUGUUCAGUGAUGAUACACACAUCAAAAAUGAAGGUUCGUUUCUAGACCAGUCUCUCAUGUAAUUUAUGUUACAAAUUUUAUUUUUAAAAUCGUUCUUUAACUUAGUUCUUGAUGAUCAUGUUUUUUUUUUGUGCUGUGCAGGUGAUUUGUUGUCUCUCUGCGUUUUCUUUUAAUGUCUGUGUUUUAUUUUACUUGCUUUUUGUUAUUGUUGGUUGUGUUAUGUCUAUAUCGAAGAUCGUUUUAGAGAGAGCCUUUUUUUUUCCUUGUCAUAAAGUCAUGUGUAUAUAAACCGUGAAUGUAUAUAUGAGCUCACGAAACUUUAUGCUC